AUGGAGGCGGUGACUCUUCAGCAGUCCCCCGCGACUGAGCCUGUCGCCAACACCGUUGAGCCCUCAAUGGACAUUGAUAUGGACAUUGACCUCGGUCCGCUGCCAGAGCCUGAUGCGAUAGAAACGGAUGACGUCCAGCAACCACCCCCAGUCCUACAAGAAGGCGCCGUCGACCCGCACACCGCCGAAGCCCAGCAUGAAAAGGUCCAUGUUCGAGGCGUGGAUGAUUUGGCUACCGCCGACAUCAAGCGAUUCGCGACCGACCACUUCUCUGCCGAAGAGCCCAGUCGCAUCGAAUGGAUUGACGACACAUCUGCCAAUAUUGUCUACUCGUCAGAGGAAGUCGGGCUACAAGCUCUGGCAGCAUUGACCCAGCUCGGCGAGGAGGAUGCAUCGGCACUACCGUCACUGCGACUUCGUACAGCCAAGUCGCUAUCUUCACACCUAGAAUCGGUUUUGCAGGUGCGGGCGGCAGUGAAGACGGACCGCAAGAAACCUCGCGCUCACGAAUCAAGCCGCUUCUACUUGAUGCACCCUGAACAUGACCCGAGAGAGAGGCUGCGCCGCGAACUUUCCGAGAAGCGAAGCGGACAUGAUGACGAUGGGGACUAUCACCGACUACGAUUCGACGAGCGCGAACACCGCCGGCGUCGAAACAGACACGCAGAUAGCGAUUUCAACGUGAACAUGUAUGACGACGGCCCGGCCAGGCGAGGCUCAUCAGCGGGGUCACAAGACCGACCUCGGUCACGACGGAACAGACGGCCAGCAGCACGGGAACUGUUUCCUGGGGAGGGUGCUGGUUCAGGCAGGCUGCGUGACCGAAGUGCGUCUCCAGGUCGAGACAAUCUGGACGAAAUGCGCCGGAGCGACGAUGAACGGCAACAGACUCGUCGGCGGUUCCGUGAGCGCUCGCCUCGAUCCAGCAGCGCAAAUCAGAAGAAAGAACUGUUUCCCUCUAACAGUGAUGGCAACUCGCGCGAGCUAUUCCCCAACAAAACCGCCGCAAGCUACCUCAGGAAAGAACUCUUCCCCGCCAAGGCCAACAGCAACCAUCGCCGCACAGACGCGAUCGAUGCUGCUGACGAAACGGCCGACCUGUUUGCGAGGCGAAUGAGCGUGCCCCUUGUGGAUGGAGCAGCAGAGGCCGACACAGGCGAGCUAUAUAUCAAGGGGGCCGCCAACGACCAAGGCAUGGCACUCCGCGGUCACGGAAACGGUGUCUCGAUCAAGGGGAACGCACAAGCAGUGAAAGAGCUGUUUCCAAACAAGUACAACAGCAACAACGCCGGCAAGGAACUCUUUUCUGACAAACUGGAUGGCAGAGGGGGCAGACGACGUCGGGCUGAAGACAUGUUUGCGUGA